GUCAGAAGGGCGUAGCACACUUUAGUACAGGCUUUUUCUUUGUUGUAGUUGAAUCGCAAACUUUCAUUCGACCACCCGCACGUCAUUCUUGUUACAACAGUACUGUAUAGAAACAGGACGCGUCAGGAUGUCUUCAGAACCAACUAUUAGACUCGCUAGACGAGAAGACGUCCCGGAGAUUCUGGCAAUGAUCAAAGAGCUGGCAGCCUUUGAGAAAGCAGAGGACUCUGUACAAGCUACCGAAGAAUCUCUGGCGGAGACACUCUGCUUUGACACGUCAUCAGAUGGCGUGUUUCCGACGAAAGCAACGGGGUACGCAAAGACUUUUAUCUUGACCGCUCCAGAGGGCGAGGUUGCAGGCAUGGCCCUGUGGUUCCACAAUUACUCAACGUGGACAUCCAAACCAGGAAUUUACCUUGAGGAUCUAUUCGUGAGGCCGAAAUUUCGCAGAAGAGGGUACGCGACUCUUCUCCUGCGAGAGCUGGCGAAGGAAGUCACACGGAUCAAUGGUGGAAGACUGGAGUGGUGGUGUUUAAAGUGGAACCAGCGAGCACUAAAUUUUUAUGAAGGUAUUGGAGCUAAGCAAAUGGAUGAAUGGAUUCCACUUCGCGUUGAUGGUGAGAAUCUUCCAAAGCUUGCUGCAAUGGAAGUAAAAGUUAAGGCGGGAUCACUAUAACGCCCUUGCGUGGUCAGCAGAGCCUAAACAAUGGCCUAGUAAAGUUUUAUCUUUAUUGCUUUUGGUGAGGACCGCAUGUUGAGGGCCUGGAAGGAUCUUAGAAUACACCUUCUUGAGUCUACAAUCAAAACAAAGCCCAGUAGAUGAUGAAAGCCAGCAAAAAACAGCACUCCGAAUAUUUUGCAAACGAUCGAUUCAAAUAUGGUAUCUAAAGCAGCUCUAGCUCAUACACGUCCUUAGAAGCCGAAUAGCAGUCUCGCAGACUGGCCCUCAGCGGACGCAUCACCACCUGCAGGAGUUCCCGACCUUCCAUCUUUCUUUGCUGGACUUCCAUGUGCAAAGAACAGAAUCUUG